AAGUUUGGAUCACGUGGUUUUGUGUACCUCAGAGUGGCCGGUAAAUGCAAAACUAAGCUAAAUAGGUAGCGUUCGUCCUCGUUAGACGCACGUUUCAUGAACGUAUUCGAGGCUUUGUUUGUUUGUACUUUUGAAAUAAUGGGAUACUUCUGAGUAUGUAUGUAUUCUUAAAUUAUGUCUUUAUGUUACGCAACCAGCGUUUAAAACAAACGCUAGGUGAGCUAAACUGGUGCUAAUUAGCACUCGAGCUAGCUGCAGUGAGGUUACAGCUUCAUGUCGUUUUAUCGUUUUUUGUAAGUGUGGUUUGCCUUUAUACAAAUGAGGUCUUUAAAUUACGUCCAAAGGAUUAGUUUGGAUUUUACAGGAACCUUGUUUCCUCACGCCAUCUGUCUGGGGGAUGCGGACAAUGACUCGUUGAACGAGCUCAUUGUUGGAGACACCAGUGGGAAACUGUAUGUUUAUAAGAACGACGACAGUAAACCAUGGGUUACUAGGACGUGUGUAGGGAUGCUCACGUGUGUUGCAGUUGGAGAUGUUUGUAACAAAGGAAAGAACUUUGUAGUAGCUGUGGGAGCAGAAGGCUGGUUCCACCUCUUCGACCUGACGGCUGCUGCUCCAAAUAAAGCCGAUUCCUCCAGUCAGCAUUUGGUCUCGCGCCCGGGCUGGGGCUCCGCCAUCCUGCUCUGCUCCUGGACACAACAAGACUCUCCUGGUUCUGGAGACGAUUCUCCCACCACUACUGGGAGUGAGGGUCCUUCUAGAGACAUAAUCCUCCAUUUGACCACUGGGCGGAUUCAUAAUAAAAAUGUUUCCACUCAUCUUAUUGGCAGCAUAAAUAAAGGAUCAAAGGAAGAGUCUUCUAAAUGCGGCCUGUUUGCCCUCUGCACAUUGGAUGGGACUCUGAAGUUGAUGGACAGCUCAGAGCAGCUGCUGUGGUCAGUGCAGGUGGACCAUCAGCUUUUUGCGCUGCAGAAACUUGACGUCACUGGCGAUGGCAGAGAGGAAGUGGUGGCCUGCGCCUGGGACGGUCAGACCUACAUCAUCGAUCACAAUCGUUCAGUGGUGCGAUUUCAGUUUGAUGAAAACGUCAAUGCUUUCUGUGCUGGUCAAUACACAUGCAAGGAGGGUAAAAACAGCCCCUGCCUCGUCUACGUGAGCUUCAACCAUAAAAUCUACAUCUACUGGAAGGUGGAGCUGGAGAGGAUGGAGUCCACCAACCUGCUGCGGCUCCUGGAGGAAAAGCCAGGUUUUAAAGACCAGGUCAAGGCGCUCGGAGUCGAUGCAGACGACCCUGCAGCAGUCAGAGCUCUGGUGGCAGAUAUUCUCUACACAGACUCACGGACGUAACAAUAGGACCCACUGGACUAAACCUGCUGUAAAUACUGGUCCAAUUAAAACACAGUCUCACUCAUUUCAUUAA